AUGUCGGCAGCCGACAAGCCAGAGAUCGCCUUCAUUGACGAUCGAGAGGCCGACAAUGGGUCCGACGCGGAGAAGGGUCCCGUGGUGCGGACCAUCGACAACAUGCGCGUGUUGGGUCUGAGCGACGAGGACGCCGAGUUCUACGCAAACUUCACGCCCGAGCAACGGAAGAAAACGAUCCGCAAGGUCGACGUUCGUCUGGUUCCCAUGCUCGCAAUCCUCUACCUGAUCUCCCAUCUCGACCGCGCCAACAUCGGCAACGCCAAGAUCGAGGGUCUGGCGGAGGACUUGGGGCUCGAUGGCGUCCAGUGGAACAUUGCCCUCUCGCUCUUCUUCAUCCCGUACAUUCUUCUGGAGGUCCCUAGCAACAUCCUUCUCAAGAAGUUCAAGCGCCCCUCGGUCUACCUGGGAAGUCUCGUCACAAUCUGGGGCAUCAUCAUGACGCUCCAUGGCGUUGUCAAGAACUUUGCUGGCCUCCUCACCGUCCGUAUCAUUCUGGGCGUCUUUGAGGCAGGGUUUUUCCCCGGAGCCGUGUACUUGUGCACUUUCUGGUACAUGCCUCGCGACCUUGCCGUACGCAUCGCCUGGUUCUACUGUACCUCCUCCCUGUCCGGCGCCUUCUCCGGUCUCCUGGCCGCCGCGAUCGCCAAGAUGGACGGCGUCGGAGGCUAUGAGGGCUGGCGCUGGAUCUUCCUGCUGGAGGGCAUCUUCACGGUUCUCACCGGUAUCGCCACCUUCUUCCUCCUGAUCGACAGCCCUGCUCUCAGCACCAAGUGGCUCGAGCCCGAGGAAAUCCGCUUCCUCGAGCUCCAGUCCUUCAUCAAGCAGGGCGGUCGUUUCGAGGACGAGGCCCAGGAGGACAAGUUCAAAUGGGCCGACCUGAAGGCCGUCGUCACCAACUGGAGGCUGUACAUGCAGGCCUGGGCUCUUUUGGCUACAUCUGCCUGCAGUUAUGGUACCAAGUUCACCCUUCCCACCAUCACCAAGGCGAUGGGCUUCGACAACACCACGGCCCAGCUCAUGACGGUCCCGGCCUACGUGGCCGGCGCCCUCUCGGCCAUCUUCUUCGCCCGCCUCUCGGACCGCUUCUACUGGCGCAUGCCCUUCGUCGCGAUCCCCCUUGGCCUGAUCGCCAUCGGCUACGCCGUCAUAAUCUCCCUCAAGGGCGACCUCGCCGGCAACGUCGCCGCCGCCAUGGUCGGCGUCGUCAUCACCUGCAUGGGCAUCUACCCCAUCCAGCCCGCCGGCUCCUCCUGGGCCGCCAACAACCUCGCCCCGGCCUCGCGCCGCGCCAUCGGCGUCGCCUUCAACAUCUGCGUCGGCAACAUCGGCGGCAUCAUCGGCAGCUACAUGUACCUCGACAGCGAGAAGCCCAAGUACUACACCGGCUUCGGCCUGUCGCUCGCCUUCGGCGGCAGCGGUCUGAUCGUCGCGCUGCUGCUGGAGCUGAGCUACAAGUGGGGCAACGACAAGAGGGACAAGAUCUCCGAGGAGGAGGUGAGGGCCAAGUACACGGAGAGGGAGCUGCUCGAGAUGGGCGACAAGAGCCCGCUGUUCAGGUACACUUUGUAA